UUUUAAGUAAUCUCGAUCACAAUAUUCGGAUCACUAUUAUCCAGAUCACGUUUUAAAAUGCAGGCCCCAGGAGACCAAAGGGGCGCUGUGCACUACACUACGCAACUCCCCGUUCCUGCAUGGGUAAUUAACAAGCAGGAAGUGCAUCUACAAACAAGUCUUAAGCAGCCACGUCAGGGAAACCGAAGCUUGGUGGAGGCAGAAACGUUGAGAUAUAUUUUUAUUUCGUUUUAAAUACCACAGUGACUUGUAGAUUCUUUUUUUCGUCUGUACAUCUGAAGAAUUGUAAUUGAAAGGUUCCGAAGAGUCGGUGUCUUAGUAUUGCGAAGAUGUCAGACAUUGGGGACUGGUUUAAGAGCAUUCCAUUUAUCACCCGAUACUGGUUUGCGGGAUCGAUCCUGGUGCCACUGAUUGGGAAAUUAGGUCUCAUCAGUCCCGUGUACCUGGUUCUGUGGCCGGAUGCUUUUAUUAACAAAUUUCAGAUAUGGAGACCGAUAUCCUCAACGCUGUAUUUCCCGGUAGGCCCUGGGACUGGAUUUCUAUACUUGGUUAAUCUUUAUUUCCUCUAUCAAUACUCAACAAGACUGGAAACAGGUGCCUUUGAUGGAAGACCAGCGGACUAUAUAUUUAUGCUGCUCUUCAAUUGGAUUUGCAUUGUUAUAACAGGCCUAAUAAUGGACAUGCAGCUAUUGAUGAUUCCUCUUAUUAUGUCAGUGUUGUAUGUAUGGGCUCAGUUGAACAGAGACACGAUUGUAUCCUUUUGGUUCGGCACAAGAUUUAAGGCUUGCUACCUUCCUUGGGUGAUUCUCGGUUUCAACUACAUUAUUGGAGGAUCGAUUGUUAAUGAGCUUAUUGGAAACCUUGUUGGACAUUUGUAUUUCUUCUUGAUGUUCAAGUACCCCAUGGACUUGGGAGGGAGGACCCUUCUCUCAACCCCGCAGUUUCUGUACCGCUUCUUCCCCAGCCGAAGAGGUGGAGUAUCCGGGUUCGGAGCCCCCCCACCUAGCAGGGGACAUGCAGCCGAUGAGCAAGCCGGGGCCAGGGCUGGCCGACAUAACUGGGGCCAGGGAUUCCAGCUAGGAGACAACUGAGGAACCUCCCAUUACAAGCAAAGACUUUAACUACUGUGCAAACGGAUAUUAUUCAGAACACUGUGCGCUUUUGAGCAAAAGUUGUAUCAGCCAUUUUGGGAUAAACGCAAGGUGCAGCAAUGUGUCCAGUCUUGAUGUCAGAGCAGCAGAAAAGUUUUUUUUUUUUUUUUUUUUUUUUUUUUGUUUACCAUAUUACAUCACAUUAUGUAUUUACAUACAUUGUCAACUGAACACAAACAAACACAAGCUUAUACACAUAAGAGGCAAAUAAUUCCUGAGAAGUUUGUGUGAAAGGUGUUUUCUAUGGAAAGACGUACGCUUGCCUUUUACUCUGUUUUCAGUGUAUCAUUUCUUUUCCGUUUUUGCUGCAGACAUAUUGUCUAAUGUUUUUGCUUGUUUGGUAUGUGUAGCUUGGUAGCUAUUAAUUUAGCUACGUCAGUUGGUAGAUGGAGAUGAAAAUGUACAAUUUUUUUAUAUGCUGUAUAAAAUUAUAAAAACA